AUGGCUUCAAACCUUAAAGACUCCUUUAAGCCCCUGUCACCAGAAAAUGGUGGUGAGGUCGAACACAUGGAGUUUAUUCAAAGCCGGGUUUCUCCUGUGCAGUGGGAAGAAGACAUCUCUAACUCUGCUAGUGUUUGCCUCAAGUUUUUCCCAAAUGACAAUGGCUCCUGUGCAAAGCAGGAGCUGCAAACACUCUGGGAGAUGUUUACCUCAUGGUUGAAGCCAGAAGAACAGACCAAGGAGCAGAUGAUUUCUCAGCUGGUCUUGGAGCAGUUUCUCAAAACUGGGCACUCCAAGGACAUUGCUGUGAAACAGUUGUGGGAAUCAAGUGGAAGAAACCUGGGGAAACUCAUGAGGGGACUGACUGAUGAGUGCUUGAAGCCUCCUGUCAUGGUUCAUGUCUCCAUGCAUGGGCAGGAAGCACUCUUUUCUGAGAACAUGACAUUAAAAGAAGUCAUCAAGCGUUUUAAAGAACAAUUGGCAACUGCAUCAACUCUAGAGAAUGAAAGGAGAAUCUUGCCAAUAUCCGAAGACAGAUUAUUAGCAACAGGACAUGAAGACAGUAAAGAUGCCCAAAAGUAUUCCUGGAACUCUAGUGAAGAAAAUGGUUGUGUUACUAGUCCUGUAAAAAAUGAGAUGGAUUCUCUUUUCAUUAUCCAAACAGAUCAGUUUCGUGAUUGUGAUGAGGGAGCUGUUUCUGAUGGAUUCCCUCUGGAUCUCAGAAUAUGUCAGGACAUUUCCAGAUACCAGGAAGAAUCUCAGAGUGCAGCUUCUUCUGGAGAUGUCCCUGUGAUGGAGGUACAACCAGGGAUUUCCUCCAGCCCAGCCCAGACUGAAGACUUCCAGAAACUUGCAAUAAACUGCACAUGUGAGGGUCAUCAUGGGAGACUCCACAGAGACACAAACAAAUACAAAUGUGAGGAAUGUUUCACAUCCUUCAAAUAUCCCUGUAAUCUUUCAGUUCAUAAGAAAGUACAAAGGAAGGAGAGGUCAUUUGUAUGUACAACAUGUCAUAAAGGCUUCUAUACUCACUCAGACCUGACAGUCCAUGAGAUCAUACACAAGAAAAAGAAGCCUUUCAAAUGUCCUACCUGUGGAAGGCCUUUCAGCCAUAAAACCUACCUGCUAAUUCAUGAGAGGAUACAUAUAGAAGAGAAGCCCUACACUUGCUCCAAGUGUAACAGUAGUUACCGCCAAUCAUCCACCUUCCACCGCCAUCAGAGGUAUUGCCACCAAUCAGAAUGA